CCUCCUCCUCUUCUCCCCGUCAAAGUCGUCAUUCAACGCCUACUGCAGCCCGACGGUUCAACCACGUUUGCGCUUACCCUUUCUUCUUCUCCAAUCUUCAGUUUUCCAUUAACGUAUACAAACCCAAAGCCAUAAGAAGACACAGAUCCAUCCCAGUUUCCCCUUUCUCAAUUCGAUUGCCCCUGCGAUUCCCUACUCCUUCGCCUUCGCCAACUCUGCCGAGGGGAGGGGUUUCCUCGGUGGUCACAAAUCCUCUUUGUUUUCAGCUCAUCUGGUUCCCAAUUCGUGGAAUCAUUCAGUCUCAAGACGCCGUUUCCAUCAAAUUCUUGAUGCUCCGUUCCUGAAAGCUACGCGCAUUGUUUCAUUUUUUUAAAAAUUAAAAAAAAAUAAAAUUGAUUUUUAGGUAUUUGGCCGAUUGCUGACGAUAUGGCCAAUCACGAAUCCUAUUAGGGUUUGUGGGCUUUUCCAUUCGAAUCGGUUUAGUUUUAGGCUCGUUUUAAUUAAUUUAGGUUAUUGUAUAUGCGUGAUGAAUAUAAUGGGCGUGCCGAUUUGGUGAGAUUUCGUAUUUCAGGAGUUUAACAUUUUAGGUUUUGGGAUUUGAGCUGAAGGGGAAUUUGUAGAAAUGUCUUCUGCUGGUGUAGUUUCGAUCGUCCCCUUUCGAGAGGAUAGUUUGACGUUCAUGCCGCCUCCAUCGCCUGAAUUUGAUCAAGAAUCCAUUUCGAUCUUUGUGUCAAUGCCGGGUUCUUUUGUCCCAAUGCAGGUUCUGGGGUCUGAAUCAAUUCAAUCUGUGAAACUCAGGAUUCAAACCUUUAAAGGCAUAUUCACUAGGAACCAAAAAUUGGUUUGUGGAGGUAGGGCAUUGUCGCGGAGCGAUUCCCUUGUUCGAGACUAUGAUGUGAGCGAUGGGAAUGUUCUGCAUUUGGUCCUUCGUCUGUCAGAUCUUCAGGUUAUUAAUGUUAGCACUUGCUGUGGUAAAGAGUUCUCUUUCCAUGUCGAGAGGAGCCGAAAUGUUGGAUAUGUUAAAAGGCAGAUAGCACAUAAGAGAAGCUUAGAGCUUGUUGAGGAAGAUCAAGAGGUUUUGCUGAAUGGCAAGCCAAUUGAGGAUCACAGGUUGAUUAAUGAUCUCUCCAAGGAUUAUACUGAUGCCGUGAUUCAUUUCUUUGUCCGCAAGACUGCAAAAAUCAGGGCUUCACCAGUUGGAAAGCACUUUGAGCUGUCUAUCGAAGCACCACGGCAGAAUGGCAUAAGAGAGGGUGAUUUAGGGAGAGAAAAGGGGUAUGAACGUGAUUUUGAUAGUGAAAGUAUUUAUGCAGCGCCGAGGAAACCUCCAGACAGGCAGAUAGUACUGGAGCCUGUAAUUGUUAACCAGAAGAUUGAGUUACCUUCAGAGAUUAGGGAUUUGAUUGAGUCUACUCUGAAUGGAUUGGACAGUGGGAGUUAUCCAAUAAGGUCUUCCGAGGGCACUGGCGGUGCAUAUUUUAUGCUGGAUGCCUCUGGGACAAAAUAUGUAUCUGUUUUCAAGCCAGUGGAUGAGGAGCCCAUGGCUGUGAAUAACCCCCGAGGGCUGCCCUUGUCAGAGGAUGGAGAAGGAUUGAAGAAGGGCACCAGAGUUGGAGAGGGUGCAAUCAGAGAGUGUGCUGUCUAUUUACUGGAUCAUCCAAAGGGUGGUCGGCGCACUCUCUAUGCUGACACAUGGGGCUUUGCGGGGGUCCCUCCAACUGUCUAUGUCAGAUGCCUCCACGAAGGUUUUAAUCAUCAAGGAGGUGUAUCUAUCAAGUGUGGCUCCUUGCAAAUGUUCAUGGAGAAUAAUGGGAGCUGUGAGGAUAUAGGCCCUAGUGCCUUCCCUGUCCAGGAGGUGCACAAGAUUGCUGUUCUGGAUAUGAGGAUGGCCAAUGCAGAUAGGCAUGCUGGGAAUAUAUUAGUCAGCAAAGAUGAGUAUGGUCAAAUUAAGCUUAUCCCCAUUGACCAUGGCUAUUGCUUACCAUAUACUUUUGAAGAUUGUACAUUUGACUGGCUCUACUGGCCUCAAGCUCGUCAGCCUUUCAGCUCAGACACAAUUGAAUACAUAAGGUCAAUGGAUGCAGAAGAAGACAUUGCCUUGCUCAAAUUCUAUGGGUGGGAGUUAUCCCCUGAGUGUGCUCGUGUGCUACGCAUCUCCACCAUGCUUCUGAAGAAAGGCGCAGAGAAGGGACUCACGGCAUUUACCAUAGGCAAUAUGAUGUGCAGAGAAACAAUAAGGAAGGAAUCUGUGAUUGAGGAGAUAGUUAGGGAAGCUCAGGACUGUGUGCUCCCAGGCUCGAGCGAAGCAGCAUUCCUUGAGUCUGUCUCCAUCAUCAUGGAUCGCCGCCUUGAGCGCAGCGUACUCAACUCUAAUUAGUAAACCUUACAUAAGUGUGUGUCUAUGUUUAUAGUAUGUUAUCUCCUCAGCGUUGCCUCACCCGCACAUACCUCCUAUUGUGAAUGUCUGUUCUUUAAGUUAAGUUACUCGAGUCGGUGUCUCAGGGAUGAUCAUCUCACCUGAUUUAUGUGUGAUUUUAGUUCAGCACUCUUGACCUCAUAAUAAUGAUAUCCGGACUUGGGUUAGUUCUGAUAUGUAGUCCCUUCGGGUAAUCCAUCCGGACUCCCUCCAUUAUUAUGUCAAUGUUGCUUUCGAGCUCUGUGAUUGUUGAAAGAAUGAUCUGUUGAAUUUUCA